GGGAGUGUUUUCUGAACAUGAUUCACCUAACCAAAGCAGAUGGACAGUAUCAGUAUUACUGUAGAAUUAUUACCAAUGUAGACAAACAAAAAAUGACAGGCACACCAGGAAUUUCUUUGAAAAUAACUGAUCUGCAGAUUGUUUCAUCUAGCCAAGAAAGAGUGACUGAGGGUAAUCGUGUGGCUCUCACCUGCAAAACCACCUGCAAUCUACCCGACAGCCCUUCAUUCAUCUGGAGUAAAGAUGGACGUCCCGUAGAAGAGAAGCAGAUCAUCUACAACCAGCUGCAGCUCCACCCAGUCAGCUAUAAAGAUGAGGGCAGCUACACCUGUGCUGUUAGAGGACAUGAGGGUCUCCCAUCUCCACCCAUGAAGAUGAAAGUCAUGUAUUUUCCAAAGAACACAGCAAUUGUGUCUGCUCCAUCUGGUAAAAUAACUGAGGGAGAUAAUGUGACUCUGACCUGCAUGAGUGAAGCUGACCCACCAGUACACACAUACACCUGGAUCAAGAAGAGCGGAGCUGUAGAACUGGAGUCAGGAAAGGAGAACACACUCACCUUCAGCAAGAUCCGUAUUCGGGACAGUGGAGAGUACGUCUGUCGAGCAGCCAAUAUGAUUGGUCAACAGGACUCUCCUGCUGUGUUAAUCAAGGUCUUGUGUGAGUGA